UCGGAUGGCGACGACAAGCACAGCUGAUCUACAGGACGAUCAAUAAACACAGUGCAAUAUGUCGAGAUUGGAAAUGACGCAAGAAGUCAAGAAGUCAGUUAUGAUGGAGACAAUCGAUGCGCCGCGCUCGACUCGACAACGAUGCGCCAUUCGUUCUGGCGGACCUGAAGCGGUCAAUCACGGUAAAUCGCAAUGUACGACCACGCCGAUGUCGAGUCCGUCCAGCUUCAUCUUCGAUCACCGCGCGUUGUAUGCACACCCGACAACGAACGUUGGAUCGGCACAUCGAGCAGAAGGUCGGUAACAGUAUGUCACCCAAGCUUCUUGCAGCCGAAGCGGCUAAGGACCUAUGCAAUGAAGAACACAACCCCUGCCACUCGACCUACCACCGGCUUGCCCAUCGCCGCGAUCUAAUGACACUCAAUGUAGUAUCCAAUCGCGAACUUGGAUGGAA